AUUUUUCUUCCGGUUUAUAUUGCUAGUGGAGUCAGUACUCUUCCCGAAUACAUGAAAAAGCGCUUUGGUGGAAAUCGUAUCCAAAUGUAUCUGGCUGUUAUUUCUUUACUGCUGUACAUUUUUACUAAAAUUUCCGUGAAUUUAUACUCUGGCUCUCUGUUUCUAUCAGAAGCCUUGGAAUGGAAUACAUGGCUGUCAAUUAUUAUACUUCUCAGUAUUACAGCGCUUAUUACAGUAACAGGUGGACUUGCUGCUGUCUUGUACACUGACACCCUUCAGUUUUUCAUCAUGAUCUUUGGUGCCACUGUGCUAACAAUAUUAAGUUUUAUCAAAGUUGGCGGAUUUCAAGGACUCCUUGGUGCAUAUGGAGGAGCUAUUGCCGAAGUUAACAUAUCAUCUAUUGAAGGCAAAAACCUAUUAAAUACAAUGAUAUUGACAGCCAAGGAGAAAAAUAUAACAUCACUACUCCAGUUAUCUAAUGAACCGACAGUUGAUUCUCGUUUAAGAUGCAGUCUCCCCUCUAGAAAAGCGUUUAGAUUAUUAAGAGAGAUAGAUGACCCAGACAUGCCAUGGCUUGGUUUCUUGCUUGGACAAACUCCUUCUUCUAUUUGGUAUUGGUGUGCUGACCAGAUGAUGGUUCAACGUACAUUGGCAGCAAAAAGUUUGUCGCAUGCCCAAGGUGCAACAUUAAUGACUGGGAUAAUAAAACAAAUCCCAAUUUUUAUUAUGGUUAUUCCAGGAAUGAUAAGUCGUGUAUUAUAUCCAAAUGAGAUUGGCUGCUUCCCUGGGUCUGAUUGCCUUAAAAUUUGUGGAAAUAGUAAUGGUUGUUCAAAUAUUGCAUACCCCAAACUUGUGAUUGAUCUAAUGCCUUCUGGUCUCCGAGGUCUAAUGUUGAGUGUAAUGCUGGCAGCUUUAAUUUCUGAUCUAACAUCAAUUUUUAAUUCCGCAAGUACAUUAUUUACAGUGGAUAUAUAUCAAAAAUUGCGACGAAAUGCUCAAAAUAUUGAAUUGAUGAUUGUUGGUCGUGUGUUUAUCGCAGUAUUAGUCGGGUUAAGUGUGGCAUGGAUUCCAAUAAUGCAACAGUCUCAAGGAAGUGAACUGUAUAUUUAUAUUCAAGCGAUUGCUGCCUACAUUUCACCUCCUAUAGCAUCAGUAUUUUUAUGCGCUAUAUUAUGGAAACGGUGUAGUGAAAAGGGCGCUUUUUUCGGUCUAAUUUAUGGAUUAAUUAUCGGCUGUAUUCGAAUGAUUCUAACGUUUGUUUACACUGAUCCAAUCUGUGGUGAAGACGAUACACGACCAUGGAUCAUGAGAAACAUUCACUAUAUGUAUUUUGCUAUGUUUUCAUUUGGAUCUACAGUCAUUUUAGUUGUAAUAGUUUCAUUCUUUAGUGCAUCACCAACACUAAGUCAAUUACAUCGGUUAACUUAUUGGACAGCUUGGGAUUCAAAAAAGGAAGACUUCGAUAAUCAAAUUAAUCAUUCAUCCCUUUCCAUUAACUCUGAGUUACACACUGACGAUAGUGUCAUAACUGUACAGGAAAAUGAGUCUAAAUCUGAUUAUCUAUCAGAAUCGGAGGUUAAUAUUAAUAAAUCAAAUUCAAGAAAUCUAUUCAAAUCUAUUUGUUUAUGGUUAUGUGGUCUAGAAAAUACUCCUUGUCCAAUAUUUUCUAAAAUAACUGGCAAACAACAACAAAUCACUCAAGAUAGACUUAAUAAAAUAUCUAGUCUUCAUCAAGAUCCUUCAGCAAAAUUAGGAUUACGAAUUGGUCUAGUUUCUAUUAUAUGCUUAACUAUUUUUGCUUAUCUAUUUUAUUCUUUAUAUUUUAAUGAAAUCGUAAUCGGUCCAUUACCUAUUAUAGGCAAUUUAACUGUAUUACCUAAUCAACAAUAUUCGGAGUAUAUUACUUAUUUACAAAAUCAGAAUAUUAUAAGAUUUCGAGAAAAAUAA